AUGGGGGUCUGGUCAAGCAGAGGGCUGAGGUGUAUGAUGGGGACCCAGCAAAUUCCUGAAUCUCCAGUUGGUAGCUCUUUGUUGACCCCCCAGCUGCAGUGCACCAGGAACCAGGCUCCCGGGCCUCUGUGGUGCUCCGAUGCCCCUCACCCACUAGUGAAGAUCCCGAGUGGGCGAGGGACUGGCAGGGAUCACUCUCUCACAGUGCUCCUUCACAAGGACGAGAAGCUCACAGUUACACAAGACCUCCCUCUGAACGAGAAGCCCCACAUCAUCCGCUUUCAGUACAAGCUGACGGAGCAGCGCUCUUCCUCUUGGGACACUGUGCUGGCCAACGACAGCCUCUUUAUAGAGAUCCCAGAAGGGGGGCUCCCUGAGGGCAGCAAGGAGGGGUUGGCAGUGUUGCUGGAGUUUGCUGAAGAGAAUCUCAAAGUGAAUUAUGUCUUUGUUUGCUUUUACAAAGCCAGGGAGGAUCGAAUGUCACUCUCCAGGACCUUCCACUAUCUGGGCUUUGAGAUUGUGAAACCAGGCCAUCCCUCAGUCCCCCCCAGGCCUGACAUCCUUUUCAUGGUGUACCCCCUGGAUCACAACAACUCAGAUGAAGAAUGAACACCUCCUACAAAACACUUAGCUCUCCAAUUUCUUUACAGAAAUCUUUAAUGCUGUGUAGAAACUGCAUUGAAAGAAUGCACAGUUAAAGGCAAAUCUUGGGUUCAGAACAGACAACAACUCAAAAGCAUCUGAAGCUGACAUGGAGAUGCACACCUCACUCUCUAAACCGGGCUUGUGUUGAAGGACCUCUAUCUCGGGGGCAGGCAAUGCUGACCCGUUACAGGUUUAAUUGUUAUAAUGCAGUGAUCAGGGGGGUUCAGUGUAAUAAUUACUGCCAGGGUCUGAAUAAAGACGUGGACUGGAAGGGCUGUCUAUCCCUGCUCAUCCAUGCUCAAUGUCAUAGGAGUUGGAGUCUUAACCAGAAAAAGGGAGAAGGGGAGGGGGCACUUUUGAUAACAGUACCAUACAGUUGACUUUGAGGUGUGAUCACUGCAAUGUCAGCUACCUGCAUUUACCCUAGAAACAGACACAGAAGAAAAAAAAAUCCCUGCUCUAUUCCCCCGAAAAUCCUUAAAACAAAUGUUCUCUUACCAAAAAGUAAAACUACAUGUUUGCAUUACUGCAACAUGGAAGUGUGUAAGUAGAAUCAUUGGGAUCCUGACCUGACAAAAUGAAGCUCAACCAGCUACUAGGAACUGGAUGAACCACAUGGCCUCUUCUCAUUUAAUCAUAACUCUCUUAUGUUCUAAAUUAGGCAGUGCAUUUUCGUACCCAGUGGUAUUGGCAAACUGCAUCUUUAAACAGUACAUUGAUAUAAACAAAUUGCCACUACUUACUGUUCAAUUCCAAUGAAGUGAUCAAGACUUUAUAAUGUAUUCACGUGAACAGCCUUAUUCAAAUGAACUAGCCGCUGUCCUUUUUUCUGUUUAAUGAUAAACUCGGUGGCACUCUAAGUGUAUUUUGUAUAGUACGUUUUCAUAGGAUCUGAGGUUUGCCUUUAAUUGAUGAUUCCAGUACAAUAGUAACACCUGCUGGGGAGGGGCAUGCAGUACAAUACCAUUUUUAGUCUGAUUUACAAUGGUGUCCGAGGUACAGUACCUUGUAGUAGAAUAACAAACUGUAAGCUUGAGGCUGGGGAUCAAUGAUACAAUGAAGGAAGCUACAAAACCAAAAGGGCAUUUUUUCUACUUUCUGUUUUCUUUGUAACAUGCACUUGAUAUUUUAGCAUUGCCAUUACUGAUAACAAAUGACAAAGCUAGAGUGGUUUUUGUAUCCAAGCCACAUAUUUUCUCACAUUCACAGCUGAAGAGUCGAUCGCGGCAGGUAUGCCACAGAAAGACAGUCCCCAUAAACCUGUACAUACUUCAAUGCAGAUUCUAUAGGGAUCCUACAAUUUCCUACCAUCUGAAUGUAUUUUAGCCUCUAAGGUCAUGCACUUUAUGUCUUAGACUUCACAGGAUUCAUUUUGCGUGCACACAAGCUCAUUUAGUUUCUGUGUACUCAAGCGUGCCCAUCUGGAGUAUAUAUCAUAACUGGCCGAAGAAAACAAAACUGCAAUAUUACUACAUUCCCCAGCACUCUUAUCCUUAACUCAGACGAGCAUCAAUAACAAGCAUGUAACUAUCAAUUUAGUGUGCAAAUGUAUAAUGUCUGGAUGUAGGUUACUAGAUGAGGCUUGGUUUGCACGUGUGUGGGCUUGCUUUAGGUCAUCUGUUUCUUCAGCUUUUAUUAAACAGUGACAGAUAAACAUUUAAGAAUAGUUUAUCAUCAACUACCCAGAGUUUUAUUUUUCUGUUUUGGAUUUAUUAUUAUAGUUGUUAUUUUAAUUCACUGUUUACAGAUUUACACCAUGUGCUCUUUAUGUAUAUUAGAAUUUCAAAACUAUAAUUACAAAUAAAGUUUAUUAAGUUUUACUUCUAAAGUUUUCUGCAUAUGUAUCUUAUUUUUUUGGCUGUUGCAAGUGUAUAUAUAAACAAUUAAGCUUUGCCACUAGAAAUGUUUCAAUAAAAUGUUACUUGAAA